UGAAAUACAAUAUAGUCACAAUUUAUUAUAUUUUCUGUUCUAAAUAUUUCUGUCAUUAUGUAUGCUUGUGGAUUUAAAUAUGUGUACAUUUAUGUUAUUAUUAGUUUUUAAAUUGUUUUUUUUUUUUUUUUUAUCUAUUUACCUAUUUUUUAUUUUAAACUUCAAAUAUGUGAUUUUGUUUGUUUCAUAUAUUGUGUCCUGCUUUAUAAAAAAAAACAAUUAAUGGAAUUGUUCCUAAAUUACAAUAAGAGCAAAAUAUUUGCACCUGGAUAAUUGAGAGUGAUUGUAAGUGUGAUGAUCAUCUGCUAAAUUAGGAAAAAACGACCACAAUUCACACCUUCAGUCAGUGAAGCCGCUCCCACAGCCGUUCAUGAGAGUUUAAAUGCUGGGGAAUAUUCCCAUCUUCCCACAGGAGAAGAAGAAGAAACUACUGACAUACUAUUGUAAAGAUGGAGUUUAAAGAAGAACCCUGCAGAAUAAAAGAUGAAGAUACAGAGGAACAAAUAGACCUGAUGGAAGUGAAUGAAGACAAACAUCAUUUCACAAAUGAAGAUGGAAAACUAACUUUUAAAAAUGAAGAUGAACAACAUCUGUUUCAAAAACCUCAUCAUUUCAAACAUGAAGAUGGAAAUGCAGUCGUUUCACAGACUGAGAAGAGUUUCACACAAAAACAAGCUGGAAAAACUGGAAUCAAAGGAUCUUUAACCUGCUCUGAGUGUGGAAAGAGUUACACGUAUAAAUCGCGCCUUGACAGACACAUGCGAAUUCACACUGGAGAAAAACCGUUCACCUGCUCUGAGUGUGGAAAGAGUUACAAACAUGAAGCACACCUUAAGGUACACAUGAGAAUUCACACUGGAGAAAGGCCUUAUACAUGCACUCAGUGUGGAAAGAGUUUCAGUCGCAAAGAGGACUUAAAUGUGCAUACAAGAGUUCACAAUGGAGAAACACCAUUCACAUGCUCUGAGUGUGGAAAGAGUUUCACAUAUAAAUCUCACCUUAACAGACACAUGAGAAUUCACACUGGAGAAAAACCGUUCACCUGCUCUGAGUGUGGAAAGAGUUACAGACAUGAAGCACACCUUAAGGUACACAUGAUAAUUCACACUGGAGAAAGGCCUUAUACAUGCGCUCAGUGUGGAAAGAGUUUCUGUCGCAAAGAGGACUUAAAUGUACAUACGAGAAAUCACAAUGGAGAAAAACCGUUCACAUGCUCUGAGUGUGGAAAGAGUUACACGACUAAAUCAGAGCUUAACAGACACACAAGAAUUCACACUGGAGAAAAACUGUUCACAUGCACUCAAUGUGGAAAGAGUUGCAGACAAAAAUCAAACCUUAUAAGACACAUGAGAAUUCACACUGGAGAGAGGCCUUAUACAUGCACUCAGUGUGGAAACAGUUUCACAUCCAAAACCGCUCUCAAUGACCAUCUGCACUUUCACUCCGGAGAGAAGUCGUUCAGCUGUGAUCAGUGUGAUAAAACAUUUGUUGUGGAAUCAGGCUUAAGAAGACACCUUAGACUUCAUGCAGCUGUGAAGCCUCACGUUUGUAAUUUUUGUGGAAAGUGUUUUACACGACUGCAGCAUUUAAAAGAGCAUGAGAGUAUUCAUACUGGUGUGAAACCUUAUAUGUGCUCUGGCUGUGGGAAGAGCCUUCAUUACAUCAGGUGCAUUAAAAAAACACCAGAGAAUUCAUACUGGAGAGAAACCGUACAAGUGCUCACACUGUGAAAGAGUUUCGCUCUGUCAGGAAACCUGAAAGAUCAUAUGAGAGUUCAUACUGGAGAGAAGCCGCACCAGUGCACUUCAUGUGGGAAGAGUUUCACCCGAUUAUUUAAUCUAUGGACUCAUAAGAAAAAGUGUUGCCCGAAGGUGUCUAAUUAGCAAAUGUUCAUGUUCAGG